AUGGCAGAGCCAGGUUAUUACCACAGUGAUUAUAUUCGACACCCAGUUCUCCAUGAGCUCGGUGUCAAGUAUGGUAUUAAAACGGAGUGUAUUCCAGAAAUAGCAUUGCCGUCUAAGUUGGAGGAACUCAAGGAUGUCAUACGUAGAGAAAUACGUAAGGAACUCAAAAUAAAGGAAGGAGCCGAAAAACUGCGUGAGGUAGCUACGGACAGGAGAUCUCUUGCCGAUGUCGCUAAUAUUGUAAAAAAGGCUAAUAUAAAACUGAACGAACUUAAAUCAGAUCUUCAAGAGUUGGAGUCCCAGCUCCUGCUGUCUCGUGGUCAGUCUACUCCUACUUCUCCGGAAGACCUCUCUUACGAUGAAGAAAUUAUUUUGGCGUCUGAAGCAGCUCAGCAGCAAAGGCAGCUAGGAGAAGCUACAACAGAUCGUAAGUUGGCGUCGCUGGAAAAACAGUUGAAUAUUGAACUUAAAGUUAAGCAGGGUGCAGAGAACAUGAUACAAAGCAUCAGCAGCAGUAACCAAUCCAGGGACAAAAAGCUACUUGCUGAAGCUCAUCAGAUGCUUGUUGACUCUAAAGACAAGAUUGAAUAUUUAAAGUUACGUAUUUCUAAGUUAACAAAACAACAAAAGGGUGAUAGUGCAGGUGCAAAUGGUGAUGGAAAAAAUUCUGAUAGUGGUGUAGCUGCAUUACUUGAUGAAAGAGUUGCAGAAUUGAGGAAUCGGUUGAGAAUUGAGGCUGCUGUUGUUGAAGGCUCUAAAAAUGCCAUAAGACUACUUCAAACUGACAAAAAAGUAACAGACAAGAAAGCUUUACAUGAAGCUCAAACCAAUCUAUUAGAAUCUACACAGAAGUUGGAUUUACUGAGGAGAUCACUAGAUAUGCGUAGACAAGAGCUUCCUUCUGAGAGUCCUGCUUUUAUUGAAUUAGGGCAUGAAUUGCGUAGCACUGUAUCUAGCCCUGGUUAUGUAAGCCUUACUGGGGGCAGCGGGUCAAGAGCUCAGUUUUUAUCUCCAGCACCCUUAAUAAGCCCUUGUGUACAAGUUACAGGGACACUAGAAGUAAGGUUAAUGGGCUGCCAGGAUCUAUUAGAAGAUGUUCCGGGUAGAAGCCGACGUGAUCCUAUGGCGAGCCCCUCAGAUUUGAAGUCAUUUGUUAAGGGUGUUACAAUACGUAAUUCAAUGAAGUACACAUAUAGCAUUAAAGAGGACACAAGUAAUGAAAUAAUGGCAGUUCUAAAACUUGAUAAUCAUACGGUAGCACAGACAAGUUGGAGACCUUGUUCACAGCAAGCAUGGGAUCAAAGAUUCACCAUGAAACUAGAUAAGUCAAGAGAACUGGAAAUUGGCAUCCAUUGGAAGGAUUGGCGUGGGCUUUGUGCUGUAAAGUUUUUAAGAUUGGAAGAAUUUAUUGAUGAUAUACGGCAUGGCAUGGCCUUGGAACUUGAACCUCAGGGCUUAUUGUUUGCUGAAAUCAAAUUUUUGAAUCCUAUUAUAUCAAGAAAACCUAAGCUGCAAAGGCAAAGAAAAAUUAUCAAACAGCAAGGAAAAAAUAUUCCAAGACCAUCUUAUGGUGAUAUGCACAUUCCAGCUGUUGUGCUCGGCAGACUUCUAAAACGCUCUUCUCCAUCAAUUCAAAACAUUCAAACUGCUCAUAUUAAUCAGACACAACAACAUAGUUUUGACUCUGGUUCAAUUGAUAAUAGAGAAAUUGAAAAUCCAAAUGCUACUUUAGGUGGCAUGGCUGGUGUCAGGCCACUGGGAUUACCAUCUACUCCUAUCACACCACAAAUACCAGCUACACUUCCUUCACAACCAGUUUUACCAAUGCAACCACCUCCUAAUGUUUCUACCUUAAGAAUGGAGAAAGAAUUGCAAGAAGCCUUUGCAUUUUUAGAAGACUCAUAUACACGGGAUAGUUAUGUUGCUAAAGACCCUCAAACUCCAUCUUGUGAUACUCCUUUAGUUGAGUAUCCACCUUCACCAUCGCCAAAAUUGGUUCUUGACUUUCCAAGUAAUGAGGAUCAGAUUGUUGAGAUUACUAGUAAUAUGAGGAUAUCUUCUUCACGCUCAUCAUCAGUAAUAGAUACUUUGUGCAAAGACCAGGAUCCCAAGAGACAAUCUGGAGAAAUGUCUAUGGAGAGUUUUAGAUUAUUGAGUGUUCUUGGCAGAGGACACUUUGGUAAAGUUAUUCUCGCUCAAUAUAAACCUACAAAUGAAUAUUUUGCAAUAAAAGCUUUAAAGAAAGGUGAUAUCAUAGCUAGAGAUGAAGUAGACUCACUGUUAUCUGAGAAGAGAAUCUUUGAGGUAGCUAAUGCCAUAAGGCACCCAUUUUUAGUAAAUUUGUUUGCAUGCUUCCAGACUGAUCAGCAUGUUUGUUUUGUUAUGGAGUAUGCAGCAGGAGGUGACCUUAUGAUGCAUAUUCAUGCAGAUGUAUUCACUGAACCUAGGGCCGUUUUUUAUGCAGCUUGUGUAGUAUUAGGCCUACAGUAUUUACAUGAAAAUAACAUUAUAUAUAGAGAUUUAAAGUUAGAUAACUUACUUUUAGAUACAGAGGGAUAUGUUAAAAUAGCUGAUUUUGGUCUCUGUAAAGAAGGUAUGGGAUGGGGAGACCGUACUGGCACAUUCUGUGGCACGCCUGAAUUCCUUGCUCCUGAAGUUUUAACAGAAACUUCUUAUACUCGGGCUGUAGAUUGGUGGGGUCUUGGGGUGCUUAUAUUUGAAAUGUUAGUUGGUGAAUCACCUUUUCCUGGGGAAGAUGAGGGUGAAGUUUUUGAUUCCAUUGUAAAUGAUGAAGUUCGUUAUCCUCGAACAUUGUCUCUUGAGGCCAUUGCUCUUAUGCGCCGUUUGUUAAGAAAAAAUCCUGAAAGAAGAUUAGGUUCUUCUGAAAGGGAUGCAGAGGAUGUUAAAAAACAAGCCUUUUUCCGUAAUGUUAACUGGGAGCAGCUACUUUUACGUAAAGUGAAGCCACCAUUUGUGCCAACUAUAAAUAAUUUAGAAGAUGUCAGCAACUUUGACAGUGAAUUUACAUCUGAAGCAGCGGUUCUUACACCGCCUAAAGAACCCCGCCCCCUAUCAGCUGGUGACCAUAAACUGUUCCAUGACUUUACAUAUAUGGCAGAUUGGUGCUAA